UCGCGCGGCCCCGUGUACGUCAGAACAGGUAACUGCCUAAACGGCUCCGCUGCCCGACUUGUGCGCUCAGCCGCUUCCUCAGCCCCGCGAGGGGCGUGGCCGACCGCGGUAGGGGAGGGGCCUUCAGUGACCAAUCGGCGGUGCCCGCGCAGGGUGCCACGCCCCGCCCAGCCGGGCCGGCGGUUCCUACCGGCCUGGUCCAGCGGACAGCGGCUGCAGCGGGGGCGCCGGCUGGGAGCUGUUUUUGGAAGGAAGGAAGAUGGAAAGCGGUGCGGUUCUGCUGGAAUCCAAAUCCUCCCCAUUUAACCUACUGCAUGAGAUGCAUGAGCUUCGCCUCCUGGGUCACCUGUGUGAUGUGACAGUCAGCGUGGAGUAUCAGGGCGUCCGCAAAGACUUCAUGGCCCAUAAGGCAGUGCUGGCUGCCACCAGCAAGUUUUUUAAGGAAGUGUUCCUUAACGAGAAGAGUGGGGAUGGUACUAGGACUAAUGUCUACUUAAAUGAAGUGCAGGUUGCUGACUUUGCUUCAUUUCUUGAGUUUGUCUACACUGCAAAGGUACAGGUGGAAGAAGAUCGGGUGCAGCGAAUGCUGGAAAUGGCUGAAAAGCUGAAAUGUUUGGACUUAUCAGAAACUUGUUUUCAGUUAAAGAAACAGAUGUUAGAGUCGGUACUUUUGGAGUUGCAAAAUUUCUCAGAGUCCCAGGAGGUGGAGGUGAGCAGUGGCUCCCAAGUUAGUGCUGCUCCUGCCCCCAGGGCAAGUGUGGCCAUGGAUGGCCCUCACCCCAGUGGUCUCACGGAUUCCUUGGGCUACCCAGGAGAGAUAGCCAGCAAUGGCAUGUCUUCAGAUUUGCCACCAAAGAAGUCCAAGGACAAACUAGACAAGAAGAAAGAGGUAGUUAAGCCUCCCUACCCUAAAAUCAGGAGAGCUAGUGGAAGGUUGGCUGGGAGGAAGGUCUUUGUGGAGAUCCCUAAAAAGAAAUAUACAAGAAGACUCCGAGAGCAGCAGAAAAGUGCUGAGGGUGACAUGGGGGACUACAGGUGUCCCCAGGACCAAAGCCCGGACAGGGUGGGCAUAGAGAUGGAGCCAAUUUCCAAAAAUGAGGGUUGCCAGGUGGGUGCUGAGUUGGAGGAAGUGUCGAAGAAAGCAGGGCCGGAGGAGGAAGAGGAGGAGGAGGAGGAGGAGGACGAAGAAGGGGAGAAGAAGAAGAGCAACUUUAAGUGCAGCAUUUGCGAGAAGGCAUUUCUGUAUGAGAAGAGCUUCCUGAAGCACAGCAAGCACCGCCACGGCGUGGCCACCGAGGUGGUGUACCGCUGCGACACCUGCGGCCAGACCUUCGCCAACCGCUGCAACCUGAAGAGCCACCAGCGCCACGUGCACAGCAGCGAGCGCCACUUCCCAUGCGAGCUGUGCGGCAAGAAGUUCAAGCGUAAGAAGGACGUGAAGCGGCAUGUGCUGCAGGUGCACGAGGGUGGAGGCGAGCGGCACCGCUGCGGCCAGUGCGGAAAGGGCCUGAGCUCCAAGACUGCGCUGCGGCUGCACGAGCGCACACACACAGGAGACAGGCCCUACGGCUGCACUGAGUGCGGCGCCAGGUUCUCGCAGCCGUCCGCGCUCAAGACGCACAUGAGAAUUCAUACAGGGGAAAAACCUUUUGUCUGUGAUGAAUGUGGUGCAAGAUUCACUCAGAACCACAUGCUGAUUUAUCAUAAAAGGUGUCACACAGUCAAAUGGAAUUUUUCUUGCAAUUUCCAAGGACAUUUUACACCAACUUUCAGUGAAAGACCUUUUAUGUGUGAAACAUGUGGCAAGAGUUUUGCUUCUAAGGAGUACUUAAAACACCACAAUAGAAUCCAUACUGGAUCCAAACCCUUUAAAUGUGAAGUAUGUUUCAGGACUUUUGCCCAGCGGAAUUCACUCUACCAGCAUAUUAAAGUCCACACAGGAGAGCGUCCCUACUGCUGUGACCAGUGCGGCAAGCAGUUCACCCAGCUCAACGCCCUCCAGCGUCACCGCCGCAUCCACACAGGGGAGAGGCCGUUCAUGUGCAAUGCGUGCGGACGGACAUUUACCGACAAGUCCACUCUUCGGCGGCACACCUCAAUACACGAUAAGAAUACUCCAUGGAAGUCUUUCCUUGUCAUUGUAGAUGGCUCACCCAAGAACGAUGACGGACACAAGACUGAACAGCCUGACGAAGAGUAUGUAUCGUCCAAACUUUCGGAUAAAUUGCUGUCUUUUGCAGAAAAUGGCCAUUUCCACAACCUGGCUGCAGUCCAAGGCACUGUACCUACCAUGCAGGAGAACAGUUCUGCAGACACAGCCUGCAAGUCAGAUGACUCCGUGGUGUCCCAGGACACCCUGCUGGCCACCACCAUCAGCGAGCUUAGUGAGUUGACCCCACAGACAGACUCAAUGCCCACACAGCUUCACUCUUUGAGCAACAUGGAAUAAGAGCUUCAAGCAGUUCUCAUCCUGUUAGUCUGCGUAUGUGGUAGCUGAACUCAAGAUGAUGUGGGGCUAAGAUAAACAAUUGUUCACCUGCAAAGAUGUGGGCAAGAACGGCCUCUGCAGAUUUUCCUGAACUUCUGCUAACUUGCACGGCUUUAUCACAGCAUUUUAAAAGCUUUCCCUCAAAAAUCCUGAUCUGCAUGAUCUCAGCUACUUUAUUGAAAAACAAGGCAGUGAACAUAACCUCACUUAAUUCUGGUGUAGGGUGUAUGUUAAUCGUUCUAAUUCUUGAUUAUCUUGUUUAGACAACUGCUGGUCUUAAUUGCAGAGUACAGAGCACUGAACCAGCUCCUGAUAUUGUCGUUAGCAGUUUUCCUGGCUUCUCACCCUGCCUUGUAUUUCCAUGUGGGUUUACUUCUCUCAUAACUACUUUUAAGGUAUUUUUCUUCCAAGCUGAAAUAAAACUGGGGCCACAUAUUUUCAGCCAUUUCUUCCCUGUUGAAUUGAAGCAAAUCUGAUUUUCUGUGGGGACCCUCAAAUGCAACUGAAGAAAUGGAUGGUUGCAUUCAUUCCUCCCCACCCCCCAUUUGUAGGCAGUAAACAAGGUAUGGCAGAUUGAACACCUGCAAAACUGCUAGCGUAAUCUCAGCACAUAUGCAGCUAGGAAGUUUGUCAUAAAAUCAAACGAGUUUGUCUAAAAUCUCAUUAGAAAUGAGAUGAGGCUGUUCAGUUUCAGUCUUUAAAAAAUCAGAUUAGGUAAAAGCUGUCCUACCAAAGAGUCUAGCAAAACAAUAUAGUAUUUUUUUGCAGAGGCGUGAAAAAUUAAGAUGCUUUAGAGUACUUGAAAGUUGUGUAGUCAUUUUAUUUGCAAAAUGAGGUGACUGGUAAAUUGUAGAACAGGGUUUUAAUAUUUUUGCCAGGUUUUUAUGACUUGAUUUCUGUAAUUUCCAGAAACCCAGACUUCUCAUUUCCACACCUAGAGAUGGAAACAGGCAAGUAACUGACAUGUCUGUUUCCUUGGGAGCAUGUGAGAACAUAGCAGAAGGGACCAAAAGUCUCAGCACACUUACCUCCGAUUAUGCCUUAAAGAGUUGAUUGUGAAGAACCAGUAACUUUUGUCUCAAAUGCUCCUUUGGCUGUUUCAGGCGGGACUUAAUUAUUGCUUUAAAAAAUUCACAAUGAAAAGACAAAUUCUGCUGUGUUUGCUAAACGUUGACCUUUGGUUCUAGGGCCUUUAUGUGCCAUGUGCUUGUGAAAUGCUUUGAUUCACAUGUAACAUUUAAACAUACUAAUUUAAAAAGGGAACCCUGGAGAAUUCUUUUGUUCACUAGUUCCUUUUUUCUCUAGAUUUUUAAUUUAUUAAACUUGCUGUGAAAACACUUUGAUUUUCUAAGAGGAAGGUACUUUGUCCGUAAGUUCCAGGAUGAAGAUGUAGCUGCACUAUGCCAGAAAUUAAUGAGGGAAGACUUUCUUCCUAAGUGCUUAUGUUUUAACUUAUGUUAGUGAAACCACUACAAGGUGUUUCAGGUGCUGAUAACAUGUUUCACACCUGCCCUUGGACGUCACAAUACUAAUUUACUUCAAAUUUAGUUAUGACAAUGUCACUGUAUCCUCCUUAUGUUUACAGAACAAAUAAAUAAUGACUGUCACACAUCCAGAGGAGACCGAACCUACCCAGCUGAUGUACUGUUUUAUGGAAUAAAGUCACUUGAUCAGAAGGAAUUGAAACAAUAGAUUAUUUUAUUACCUACUGGAGGGAUUUUUGUCUUGAAUUUGUUUCUUUAGAAAUUCUACAAAAAAAAUGGUGUUAAUAAAUGUCUGCUUUGUAAAAGUAGUUUUGCAA